GUUCCAGGUUGGCGGACACAGAGGAGAACCUGAAACACACCCAGCCCUGAGGACAAGUAGACUACGCGACACACCCUGCCCUGAGGACAACUCCAGAAAUACUACAUUUUAAUUUAGACCAGGACAGACAACAAGCAGGCCUCACACACAAACACACUCUGGAAACCAAACGACCUGGUGGUGCUGGUGCCUAGCCUCACCCAGUUAAUAACAAUGGUCUGGUCCGUUCCAAUCUGAUUGACACAGACUGACUGUCUGGCUGGUUUGGGUGUUUUGUGACGCUCCUCUAUACGUUCAUCAUCAUUGUAUCUGAUUUUGAAGAGCUGAAUGACUCAACAUGCACCUGACUGUGUGAAGUUGAGCCCUCGACUGCCAAGGACCGCUUAGACUACUGACCUCGUAAGGGCCGUGUGUGCUCACUGGUCGCUUGUGUGGUGGUCGAUCAUGGGUAAGGAGCAGGAGCUCCUGGUGGCAGUGAAGAGUGGAGACAUCCUCCUGGCCCACAAACUCCUGGCCAAGGUCACAUACAACAAAACCAAGUUGCUGGGCUCCACAAAGAGGCUCAACAUCAACUAUCAGGACUUAGAUGGGUUUUCAGCGUUACACCAUGCAGCUCUAACAGGCACCACUGAGCUGCUGUCACUACUACUAGAGGCUCAUGCCACUGUGGACAUCAAAGACGUUAAUGGUAUGCGUCCACUACAUUAUGCAGCGUGGCAGGGUAAAGCUGACUCUGUGUUGCUGCUGCUGAGAGCUGGAGCCUCUGUUAACACACUGUCACAGGACGGACACAUACCUCUACACCUGUCUGCACAGUACGGACACUACCAGGUGUCUGAGAUGUUACUCCAGCACCAGUCUAAUCCCUGUCUGGUGAACAAGGCCAACAAGACUCCUCUGGACCUGGCCUGUGAGUUUGGCAGACUCGAGGUUGCUCAAUUGUUAUUGAACAGCAACAUGGUGGUAGCUCUGUUGGAGGGGGAGGGGCUAGACGGUUUAGACAAUGCCUCCUCCAACACGCCCCUUCACCUGGCCGCUCGCAACGGACACAAAGACAUCAUCAGGGUGCUACUGGAGGCUGGUAUAGACAUCAACAGAACGACUCAGGCUGGCACCUGUCUGCACGAGGCUGCCCUCUACGGCAAGACUGAAGUAGUGUGUCUGCUGCUGGACGCUGGUAUUGAUGUGAAUCUGCGUGACACCUACAACCAGACAGCUCUGGACAACGUCAACCAGUUCACCACCUCAUCAGCCAGCAAGGACAUCAAGACAAUACUACGAGAAGCGUUAGGGUCUCUCCAGGUGAGAGCUGUGAAGGACUACUGGAACCUUCAUGACCCUACAGCCCUCAACCUCCGUGCUGGAGACCUCAUCAUGGUGUUGGAGCAGCACACGGACGGGCGGUGGAAAGGUCAUAUCCAUGACAACCAGAGAGGAACAGACCGGGUCGGAUACUUCCCUCCGUCUGUAGUGGAGGUCAUCAGCCAGAGAACAGUGGGCUGUGUUACGCGGGGUUCUGUCUCAUGUCAGGUCUCGUUACCAAGCCAACGGCAGCAGCACUUCCUGCCAAGAGCUCCUCCCACCAGUAUUGGCUCUGCCCCCCAGAUUGAGGACUCCUACGCUUUGUACUAUGACCACGCAGCAGGAGACAGGAACAGUGUUGGCAGUGCAGGCAGCAGUGCAGGCAGCAGUGCAGGUAGUGUGGGCAGCAGUCGUAGUGCUGGCAGCAGUCGUAGUGCUGGCAGCGGGCAGAGCUCAGAGAACGGCUUCGGACCGAAUGGGACGCACAAGCUAGCUCCCUCUGUUGGUGAGUCCAGAGAACAGCAGUUUCCCCCUGCAGGACCAGACCCCAGCAAACAACCUGAUGGACAUACAGGUGGUCAGAGUCAUCAAGUCAGUGGUGGUACUCGUUUGGGGGAGCAGAGUGGCUUCAUGUGCCCAGACAUGGUCCUGGUGGACAGCGACUCUGAGGCCAUCUACCAAUGGCUGUGUGAGUUCCAGCUGGAGAGCUACACUGCUAACUUCCUCACAGCAGGAUACGAUGUACUUACUGUCAGUAGGAUGACCCCAGAGGACCUGACUGCCAUCGGUGUGACCAAGCCAGGCCACCGAAAGAAGAUCUCCGUGGAGAUAGGCAACCUGAACAUCCCAGAGUGGCUGCCUGACUACACCCCUUCUGAGCUGUCAGAGUGGUUGAGUGCGAUCGGUCUCCCUCAGUACCAGAAGAGACUGUGUGAGAAUGGUUAUGACACCAUCAGCAUCGUCAAGGAUAUCACCUGGGAGGACUUAUCAGAGAUAGGAAUCACCAAGCUGGGUCAUCAGAAGAAGCUGAUGUUAGCCGUGAAGCGUUUAUGUGACCUGCAUCGUUCUCGUCACCAUGCCAACGGCUCCGACACGCUCCGGCAUAAACCUACCACGGUGGCUAUUGAGCCCCCCGAGAUCCCCUACGACUGCUGCCCCCUUUCCCCUCACACCCCCGGGACACCCUUCCCCUCAUUCCAUGACAGCGAGCUGAGCACAGAGGUACAGAACACCAUGAUGGGGAGGGCAGCAGGAGGAGGAGUGGGGAGAGUGGGGUUUGGGAUGGGUGUGAGGGAGAGCAUUAGCCAGGAGAGCAUCGGAACGUGCUCCCGCGGAUCUGGGAAUUCUGGAAAAUCUGGGAAUUUUACGGGAUAUUCCCAAGAGCUUCACCAACAGACUCUGGCAUCGGCUGGAGUGCACAGUCGCUCGGACGAAAGCUUGGGAGGAGGGGGAAGGAGACAGGGGGGAGGAGGUAGUCCAGGGAGAGACCGACAGAGACUCACAGAGGUGUGGCCAGACCAGAAGCGCCACCCCCAGCCACCCACUAAACUACCCAUCACCCCCCUCACCCCUCCUCUCACCCCCAGCUCGAUGCCCCGCUUCGCCUACCCAGCCGUGCAUAGUAAACCCAAACCUUGCAAGCCCCCGGCCCAACCCCACCCCUUCUCCUCUCCCCAGGCCUCCCCCACCCAGAGGGCCUUCAACUACCUCCACACCCAGGAAGGAGGCACCUAUAUGUGCCAACGUGGUCUACCCAUGCCCCAGGCUGGAGCAAUCCCCCUCCCGGGACAAGGCCUCAACACAGAGGCUCUCAAGAAACGCACCCAGAGUCUGUCCCACUGCGCCCUGUCAGAUGGAGAACCGGAAGAUGACGAGUCAUCGCUGCAGGAAUCCGUCCCUCCGGUGACCAUGCCCUCGUACGCAACACUAGGACGCAAAACAGGCUACGGCCAAUCAAAUUCCUCCGCCGUCCAACGCCACAUCAGCCGGAGCCACUCAUUCGCUGUCCGCUCUCGCCGCAAAGGCCCGCCCCCUCCGCCACCUGAGAGGAUGAGCUCGGUGAGUGGCAGCCAGGCCAGUGAAUCAGGAGUGGCAGUAGUGUCAGGGCAGGUGGAGGUGGGAGGGGUGGAGACAGAGAGUGCAGGCAGUGUGAGAAGCAUCGCAGCCAGGCUACAGGGGUCCAGGCCCGGGGGCAGCCCCUCUAAGGGGGUAGCGUUACCUUCCCCUCGCACAACCACCCUCGCCUCCCACAAACCUGUACCUGCUCUGGGGCUGGGAGGCCUGAGGAGGAUGGGUGGUGAGCGGAGGGAUAAAGAUGGAGGGAUAGAGAAAAGCCCAGAAGAGGAGGAGAGAGUGCAGAAAGAUGGUUCAGUAUUGGAAAGCUCUACAUCACCUCAGAGUAGCUCCAAUGAGAACCUCCCUUUUGCGGAGGAGGGCAACCUCACCAUCAAACAGCGGCCCAGGAUGGGAGCAGGCUUCCGGUCAGACCCUGAAAUCCAACCCCAGGCUUCUCCAGAAGACCCAAAAAUGCAGGCCCCAAAGUCCUUGGGGGUCCCUGAGUUCAACCUCAAAGAGUCGGACACGGUCAAACGACGGCGUCAGCCCAAAGACCGGGAAACACACACACUGGACGACAUCUUCACUGCCAGCGAAGACGACGGACACACACAGCCACACACACACAGCCGGUCCAACGGCUUCCACACACACACAAACGGAGACAAGCAAGAGGAGGAAGCAGGUGUGAAGUCAGCGAGCUGUUUACAGAGAACAGAAUUGACAGGGAACGGCCAAAAACCACCCCUGUCCUCCAAACCAACCAGCCCUGUCCUCCAAACCAACCAGCCCUGUCCUCAAACCAACCAGCCCUGUCCUCCAAACCAACCAGCCCUGUCCUCCAAACCAACCAGCCCUGUCCUCCAAACCAACCAGCCCUGUCCUCCAAACCAACCAGCCCUGUCCCUCAAACCAACCAGCCCUGUCCUCCAAACCAACCAGCCCUGUCCUCCAAACCAACCACCCCUGUCCUCCAAACCAACCAGCCCUGUCCUCAAACCUGUCCUCACCCCUAUACCAGCCAGUCAACAGAAGACAGCAACAGGCAGCACACAUAACCAUAUAACAGCCAGUCAAAAUACACACACAACCACCUGUAUACCAGGCAAUCCACAGAAACCAGUAACAGCAACCAAAGCAGGCAUUCCGCAGAGAACAGUAACAUCCAGGCCAACGAAUCAGAUGCCUGCUACUGUCUCUGCCUCUAAACUUCCCCAGCUCAGCUCAUCCAUAACCUCAGCCCCUACAGCCCAGGCAACCCGCGCUCCAUCCUACCGCACCUUGGUGCCUCCAGGCCAGGCAGGGAGAGCAGGAAAGGCCCAGGCUGGUGAGGCCUGCUCGGAGGUGUUGGUUCAGAGGAGGCUUGUUGAGACCAACACGUCACUGGAGGCAGCGCUGAAAGUUGUAGAGAGAAAAACGUCUCAGGAUGACUGCACUGAUGGUGGCAGCAGCACAGUGAAAGCAGCAGGGAAUAUCCUGGAUGACAUCGGCAACAUGUUUGAUGACCUCGCCGACCAACUGGAUGCCAUGUUGGAUUAAAUACCUCCUCUUCACUCAAGGCAACCUGAAUAGGACCCAUAGGAUUGGGUUGCAAAUUGCACCCUCUUCCCUAUAGAGCCCUGGUCAAAAGAAGUGUACUAUAUAGGGAAUAGGGGGCCAUUUGGGAUGCAUCGCUUGAAUUGAUUAGACUGAUGCACUGAUCUGCAUGUUUCAUAGGGUGGAUGAGAGAAAGUAGGAGCGGGGAGAGGAAGCGGCAUGGAAAGUGAAAGGGCGAAGGGGGGGCAAUGGGGUGAAGAGAGCAGUCACAAUGUGGAGAACCUCUGACUGCACUUGAAAGAGUGUGGAUAUUAUUAAAACACACAUCAGGAUUUGCCUUAACUGGAGCGCAUAACCCUGGAUCAAUGGUUUUACUUGGCAAAGACAGCACAAUAACAAAGAACACAGAGCACGGGUUUAUGACAUAGAGCACGGGUUUAUGACACAGAGCACGGGUUUAUGACACAGAGCACGGGUUUAUGACACAGAGCACGGGUUUAUGACAUAGAGCACGGGUUUAUGACAUAGAGCACGGGUUUAUGACAUAGAGCACGGGUUUAUGACAUAGAGCACGGGUUUAUGACACAGAGCACAGGUUUAUGACACAGAGCACGGGUUUAUGACAUAGAGCACGGGUUUAUGACAUAGAGCACGGGUUUAUGACAUA